AAUCAAUAAAACAUAGGUUUCACUGGGAAGGCUGGUAAUGUCACCUGGAAAAUACAGGGAAAGUGAUUGAAGAUUGGACUGGUUAAUUUUAUCAUUGUCACUCUAACGCGUGGCCUAUUGUAAUCCAAUUUUUGUCAAGUCCUUCGAUACAAGUAUCAUCUAUACAUCGUAACUUCUAUCUACUUUGGCAGAGAAAUCUUCCCAACAAUUGAUUGUGAUCCUUGUGUUGUGCAAAACGUUAAAGUUUAGUGAGUUAUUGAAAAAAAGAAGUGAAUUCGAAAUUCGCAAUACUACAGCAAAUUUAAGUGUCUUAUCGUGAAAAAAGAAAGAAACGUGUGAGAUUAAAUAUCAAUCAGAUUUUAGUUUGCAAUCAUUCGGAUUGUAAUUCUUGUGGCAUAGGCGUUUCAAAAUAACAUGGCCGCAGGAGACCCAAAGUGGCAGAAGGAUGGAUCCGAUCAAAAUUUUGAUUACAUGUUCAAACUUCUCAUCAUCGGUAAUUCUAGUGUAGGCAAAACUAGCUUCCUGUUCCGAUACGCUGAUGAUUCGUUUACAUCCGCUUUCGUGUCGACGGUUGGAAUUGACUUUAAGGUGAAAACAGUAUUUCGGCAUGAUAAACGUGUUAAGCUACAAAUCUGGGAUACUGCUGGUCAGGAGAGAUACCGCACAAUCACCACAGCAUACUAUCGAGGUGCAAUGGGUUUUAUACUAAUGUACGAUAUUACAAACGAAGAAAGUUUCAACUCGGUUCAAGACUGGGUUACACAAAUAAAAACUUAUUCCUGGGACAACGCACAAGUUAUUCUCGUGGGAAACAAAUGCGAUAUGGAAGACGAGCGAGUAAUAUCAUUCGAACGAGGAAAGCAGUUGGCUGACCAGCUUGGUGUUGAGUUUUUUGAAACAUCUGCAAAGGAAAAUGUCAACGUCAAGAAUGUAUUUGAAAGACUAGUGGACAUAAUCUGUGACAAAAUGUCGGAGAGCUUAGAUUCUGAUCCUGCCUUGGUUGCUGGCGGACCGAAAGGACAACGAUUAACAGACCAACCGCAAGGUGCACCCAACGCAAACUGCAAUUGCUAAAAACCACUUCAUAGCGUACGGUAAACAGCGAAUCGAAUAAAAAGCAUACGAUUACAUUAUAAUUAAGAUACCCACACUAUCUUUGUCGCAGAAAAAAACACAAGAAUACAAAAUUUAAGUACGUGGUACACAACAAAUUGGAAAGUAGUUUGGAUUGGAAGAAUUGUUCAUAUCGUAAAGCAAACAAUGCUAUAUUAAUCCGUUUUGUUCUUGUUCAUUAAGUUCAAUUUGGCAGUUUUGUUGUGAAAACACAACUGCAUUUGUUUUGCAUCGUACAUGUAUACUUCCCAGAUGAAUAAUGAACAUCCCGAAGUUACAAACUAGCGAAAAUUAUUAUUCAAUGUGUAGGUAAUAAUGGACGAUACAGUCAUUUCAUGUUGAUGGAAAAAGCACUCAUUUCAAGACACAGUAAAAAAGGAUGUUGUUCUAGAGUAGACAAUAAUCUAAUUGUUAGAUAUGAGCAGUGAACUAAUUGGGUCCCAUUUAUUACAGAAUAAAUUAUCAGUAUUAACCACAACCGAACACUUUUAAUCCAUCUGGCUAGUAAUACAAUCAGGAUAUACAAAACAAAACAUUUUCACACAAUUUCGCAUGCAUGGGUAUAGCCAAAAAAAUAUUUAUUGGAGCAGGAACGAUGAACCUGUACAACACAAUUCUGAUUUACAUAUAGUUUUAAUACACAGUCAAUUGGACGUGAAAUCAAGUUUAGUGAAAAAAAACCCAAACAAUCUUAGACCAACGAGAUAGUCAUUAAUUGAAAGAGGGUUCAAGCUGCUAAGAAAAGCUGCACAGCUACAGGCAUGAAUAAUUAUCAUCAUCAUCAUCAGAAAUCAUAACAAUGUGUACAAAUUUUCCUCCUCACUCGCGUAAGUAAAUCUGAUCUUAAUGGCACAUAUAACUAGUUGAAGUAUAGCUGGAAUUAUGAUUAAUAAAAUUAUUUCAGAAGAACUGCUCCAGUAUCUGUUGAUGAUGCUUAAAAAUUCGAAUUCCUUUUCAAGUGAUAACAGCAGAAAUAUAACAACAUCGAUAAAAUCACCAAAGAUACAAAUAGAUAACACGAAUAAUCGUUUCAAAUAGCUAUGUUCACAAUGUGAGAGAUAAAACGUAAACCAUUCUUAUCAGUAUCAGUCAGAUGAAUCCCAAUCAAAUCAAUUAUUCGUAUAAAUGUUUUGGUGAAGAAUUAAGACGUUAACACCUUGAUAAAAACAAAACCAUUUGGAUGUGCCUGUGGGAGAUGUUUUCCGUAAAAAUAACUGAAUUUUGCGAAUUAUCAAGAACAUAAUUAUUGAACGUCGUAUUUGUCUCUGGUUGUUGCCAAUAUUCUUCAACUUUCUUUUCAAAGUAUCUUUUGUACAUUUUCUUAAAAAGUCUUUAAUAUUCUAACAUCGCACAUAAUUCAAUCUGAUUCAACUAGAGCAGCUAAUUGUAUGUUUUUUAGAAACCGCCUGUAUGAUUUAUUCGCUAUUGAAAUACCCACAGUACUACUAAAUGCAUUGUAAUUGUUGCUCACGUCACUCUGAAACAUGUACACAUUAAAAGCAUUUGUUAGAGAAACGAUGUGGAAAACUAAUAGAAAAAUUUGAACUAUAUUUUGUACAGAAAUUACCACGAAAUUAAUUUUUGGGAAUAAAACGAACUUGAAAUUCACUAAACUCUAAUUUACCCAUGACUUAAUCAAUGAAUGAAAACAAUUAACUUAUAAACGUAAAGAAAUGAACAAUUAUCAUUAUUGUUGUAAUAAUUAAUCUAUAUAUAUAUACAAAAUACUACACAGAGAAAUAUAACGGAAGUCCCUGAAUAA